UAAGAGUGUAGGAACAAACACAUAGUCAAGUUACUUGAGAGGUACGUAUCGUGACCAUGCGGCAACAAUAAUCCAUGAGCAAAAGAGAUUUCUCCAGCUACCACUUCCAUCCGACAGUCUGGUCCAGGCUUUGAUGAAAUUUGACUAUUUGACUGCUCUGCUAUGAUCUGCAUGGAACAAUGAUAGUCAGUCACGGUACGUAGCGAAAAAUGCCUAUAGCUGACGAUCAUGAAAAGCAUGAUGUUACAGUACCGGUACAUGUUUUACUCCCCCGAUUGGCGAGGAGAUCAAUGCGGACUCUAUGUCCGCUCUUGACUGGAUCAAUCACAAUUUUGUCAAUCUGUACGUGUGUCGUGGUUGGCUAAUUAUAGAUCGCGGGUUUAAUGACUUAG